GACCGGAGCGUAGGUAUCUUCUCGUGAAUGUACUUCCAAGACCAGCCGAGAUACAAACAGUGCUGUUAGCUUUAUAAUCAGUGCUUCAGUAAACUCAGUGGGGAACGCAUCGCCAUGCGAGCUCACAUCGCGUGCAUCGUGCUGAUCGCACACGCAGUCGCGUCCGCGAAAAUAUUAGGCCUUUUCCCGCACACAGGCAAAAGCCAUCAAAUGGUGUUCGACCCUUUAUUGAGAAGAUUGGCGGAGAAAGGCCACCAUGUUACUGUAGUAUCAUUUUUUCCCGUCAAAAAUCCCCCAGCAAAUUACACGAACAUCAGCCUCGAGAGCUUAGCCAAAUUAGGAGUUGAAACGAUUGAUUUGUCCUGGUAUGAAAGCUCGAACUCCAUACUCAAGAUGACGGGACUGGAAAAAAUAUAUGAAGAAUUGACAGCGAUGCAGCCGCUAUCUUAUAUGGCCGUGGAUGUGUGUUCCAAAUUAGUUGGCUUCGAACCUUUGGCACGAACCUUGAGGCAGGAUUACGAUGUCAUUUUAGUGGAGAAUUUCAACAGUGACUGUAUGCUGGGCCUGGCACAUAUAUACGGUCAGAAAGCGCCAAUUAUAGCCUUAUUAUCAAGCUCGUUAAUGGAUUGGUCUCCGAGUCGUAUUGGGGUAUCAGAUAAUCCAUCAUACGUACCUAUAGUCACUUCUACGUUUACUACCCCUAUGUCGUUCGUGCAAAGAUUGAAGAACACAGUUUUAAAUAUUUACUACAAGCUGUGGUUUCGUUACGCGAUCCAAUUGAAGGAGAAAGAAAUAAUUGAGAACCAUUACGGUAGAAAGAUCGUUGACCUCGAAGAAUUAGCGAGAAAUACGACAUUAAUGUUUGUUAACGUGCACCACAGUUUCAACGGUGUCAGACCUUUAUUGCCCGGUAUAGUAGAAGUGGGUGGCAUGCAUUUGGAUCACAAAAGAAAGCCCAUUCCAGAAUUUUUCGAACGUUUCCUAAACGACUCUGAACACGGUGUAGUUUUAUUUAGUUUUGGGUCCUUAAUCAAGACAUCUACGCUACCCAAGUACAAGGAGGAUAUAAUAAUGAAAACUCUUUCCAAACUGAAGCAGAGAGUUAUCUGGAAAUAUGAAGAUAGCCCUGAGGAAGGCACCCUUGUAGGAAACGUACUGAAAGUGAAGUGGAUUCCCCAAUAUGAUCUGUUACAGCAUUCCAAAAUAAUUGCGUUCGUUGGGCACGGAGGACUUUUGGGCAUGACCGAAUCAAUCUCAGCCGGCAAGCCCAUGCUGGUGAUACCGUUCUUCGGAGACCAGCACCUGAACGGCGCUCAAGCUGAAAAGAUAGGGUUCGGUAAGGUGGUUUCUUAUGCUGAUCUCUCGGAGAAGACGUUUCUGGAUGGACUGCAAAGCGUGCUAUCUCCUGAAAUGCGAUUGAGCGCACGAAGAGCGUCGAAUAUUUGGAGCGACCGACAAGCCGACCCGCUGGACACGGCCGUCUAUUGGACAGAAAGGGUCAUCCGUUGGGGACACCAAGCUCCCCUCCACUCGCCCGCAAGAGACUUGCCACUCCACCAAUAUUUGUUGCUAGACGUUGCAGCAGCGAUUUUAGUAGCAAUUCUUGUGUUAAUAGCGAUUUUAAGAUUGAUUGUUGUAUUGAUAAUCCGAUUUUUCAGCGGUAGUGUCACUGCUAAAGAGAAAUUACACUAACCUCUAUUCCAAUGUGUAGGUUGAAGGUCACAAUAAAGAAAUGUAUAGUUCUAAGUAUACUGUUAACGGGAUAUUGGCAUAAAUAUAUAUAUGUAUAGUUAACAUUAAGUAGGUAUAUAGAUAUUUAAUAUCUUGUGUCGAUAAGUGUUCAGUAUAAACUAAUUACUCACUUUAUCAACUAAUUUGCUCAAAUACAAUUACCAAUGCAAUGUUAUUAUUACAGCAUGACUCGUAAUAUUCUAUCAUAAUCCCUUUUUAAGUUUUUAUUGCUUCUAAAGGCUGGCGAAUACACGAUCCGCCUAAUACUGAGUGUAACCUCCGUCAUCGACAUUGGCAAUGUCCGGAACUGGAAAAAAUGCUGUCUACUUUUUUUUUCCUACCUGUUCUAUUAACCUCGGGGGGCAUACUAGAAUCUCCGGGCGAGUAGGUGAGCUCACGGGGCUCUAACCUGAGGACGUUGCUAACACUAGCCCUAGCAAGAGCAGUGCUUCGCAGAAUCUACAACCGGAUCGCA